UAUACUCUAUUUUUUUUGGCAAGUCCACCCACCACUCCACUAUAGACUCAAAAUGGAAAUUACAUAAACCAACACGUCACUUUGAUAGAGCAUUGUACUAAUUCUAUUUUAAAAAUAAAAGUUAAAUGUUUUUUUUUUGUCCUAAAGCAAACACAAAGUAGUAAGUGGUAAAUUGCGUUUUAGUUCUUUGGAGUUGUCACCUUCCAAGUCAACUUUCAAUCACACACACUCUAACACCAACUUCCCCCAAUUCCAUUUUCUAGGGUUUCAAUUCAAAUUUUCAAUUUCACUAUCAUCGCAAAUCCAAGGAGUCUGAGAUCGGAAAAAGCCGAUUCUGAGAUCGGAGAAUGGCGUCUUCCAGCGCACCAGCAGCUGCUGGAUCUGCUGACUCAACAACUACAAGACGAAACACUAAAAGACCCAAGUAUUCGAAGUUUACUCAACAAGAGCUUCCUGCAUGCAAACCUAUUCUCACUCCUCGAGCGGUUAUUUCAGCAUUCUUGCUUGUCAGUGUUGUGUUUAUUCCUAUUGGUGUUGCUUCGCUAUUGGCUUCACGAAAGGUCGUCGAAAUUGUUUUUAGGUAUGAGUCACGGUGCUUACCAAAUGUUACCAACAAGCUAGCGUACAUUCAGAAUCCUACAACAGAUAAAACGUGCCACGCAACACUAAAUGUGACCAAGCACAUGAAGUCACCUAUUUAUGUAUACUAUCAACUGGACAACUUUUACCAGAAUCAUCGGCGGUAUGUUAAAAGCCGAAGUGAUGAACAAUUGAGGAAUCUUAAGGAUGAGAGCUCAACAAGUACGUGUAAGCCUGAAGAAUCUGCCAAUAAUAUGACAAUUGUGCCUUGUGGUCUCAUAGCUUGGAGUUUAUUCAAUGACACAUACAGCUUCUCCGUCAACAAAACAAAAUUGACGGUUAACAAGAGAGGCAUCUCCUGGAAGAGCGACAGGGAGCACAAAUUUGGGAAAAAUGUUUUCCCCAGAAACUUCCAGAAUAGUUCUAUAGUAGGUGGUGCCCAUCUUAACGAAUCCAUACCAUUGAGUGAGCAGGAGGAUCUCAUUGUCUGGAUGAGAACCGCCGCCUUGCCAACUUUUCGAAAGUUAUAUGGAAAGAUAGAGGUGGAUCUGAAUGCAGGGGACCUCAUAAAUGUUACACUUCAAAAUAACUAUAACACAUACAGUUUCAAUGGCAAGAAAAAACUCGUUCUGUCAACUACUAGCUGGUUAGGUGGGAAGAAUGACUUCCUUGGAAUUGCUUAUCUCACCGUCGGAGGAUUAUGCCUCUUUUUGUCUUUGGCUUUUACCAUUGUAUAUUUUGUCAAGCCAAGGCAACUUGGUGAUCCCUCAUAUCUGUCCUGGAACAGAAAUCCUGGAGGCCACUAAGCAAAAAUACCUAUUGUGCUAUGUUUAUUAUUUCCAAUAUUACAAGGCUCGGUUAUUCUACAGUGGCAGGUUCCAUGUUUGUACAUCUAUACUUAACUACUUACUAGUAGUAACACUUGUGUAUUUUUGGUGUCUUUAUCACCCUAAAAGAAAAAACAACAUUUUUUUCCUUUUGUUUUUGCAUUAUGCAUCAGAAUUGAAAUAUGCUGUAUAAGUAGCGUGCGUAAGAUAUAUGUGCUAGUUGCUUUUUUUCUCAUACAUGAGAUUAAUAUAGUAGAGUUCUUGUUUGGUUUGA